AAUAAUUUUAUAGAGAUUAUUUCAAGGUCGAAAAACUCCAUAGUGUUGCUAUAAGGGUUAAGUAUUUUGUAUUUUUGAAACACUCCCCAGCUCUGACAAUAUACUACAACUGUCAGUCACCAGCCGGAGUACUCUCAUGUGGAGAAUAAGGGCACUCCGGCUGGUGACUGUGACGGCAACAAAUGUGAAGAUGGUCCUGGUGUUUGUGAAUCGUCCUCUGGGCUACCACUUGCGGUUGCAAAGACUGUAAACAGUUUGGGUAUCCUGCUGCAGGAUAUAGUACUCAGCCAGUAUAAGCGGUCAACAUUUUCUAAAGUACAGGAGCACCACAAGGCUGCAUGCUGAGUCCUUUCCUUUACUCCAUGUACACCUUUGACUGCACACCAUCUUACAACAGCAAUACCAUCAUCAAUUUCGCAGAUGAUACGACAGUGGUGGGCUUGAUCACCAAGGGCGACCAAUCUGCCUACAGAGAUGAGAUAUCAUCAAUAAACAGCUACCUGCCUUGGAGAACAUAUUUACCUUCCGCUGCCUGCUAAAAAAAACAAAGAACAUUCUAAAAGACACACAUCACCUAUUCAAUCUGGGAAACGGCACAGGUCCAUCAGAGGACGCACAGCAAGACUCUUAAACAGCGCUUUUGAUAACAGAAAUUGGCAUGUCAUCACUAAAUUUAUAAGUGCAAGCACAUAGUUAACAUUACAUAUGAAACAAUGAAUGAAUAAAUACUUUAAUGGAAAUAAGAGAUGCAUUUUAAUGUGUGUGACAGCUAAUGGCCACCUGAAGAGGGUUGAUAUUGCUAGCUAGCAAGUGUUAGUCAAGAUGCUCUAUUUGUUUAGAAUGCGCGGCAAAAGUCUCUCAAGAUGAUGGAGUCACGUGACACGUCACUGAGAGACCUACAUGGAUUGGUGUGCCAGAUGCUGGUAAAAAAAUACAUUCCAAAUUGCAUAAUACCAGUCUGACCACCAGAUGGCGAAGAAGAGCAGUGUUGUGUCAAACGCUUCGACUCACUGACGAAGUUUGUUGUAAAAGCCUCAGUGCUUUAAAAGUUCGGCACAUGUAUAAUUACGAUUUGUUCUCUGGUGUUUCUUUCUGUUGAUUCUGCUUUACCUAGUUUUUUGUUUGAUUUUAUUUAAGUAGCAUCCUUUAAAUCAUCUAAGAGGCUUUUAUUUUGAAAACCUUUAUGUUUUGUGUUUGUGUCUAGCGGUCGUCGCUUUUUGAUUUGUGCAGUUAGUUCGUUCAUAUUCAACCAAACGCGGCAAUUUAUCAAUAAUGAGAGCUGUUCCCACAUGGAUAGAUAAAGUCCACGAUCGGGAUAAGGUUGAACAAUGUAUUUAUGAUCUUGCCUUCAAACCGGACGGCACUCAGCUGAUAGUGGCAGCUGGAAACAGAGUUCUGGUAUAUGACACAGCUGAUGGCACACUGAUACAGCCAUUAAAGGGACAUAAAGACACUGUUUAUUGUGUGGCUUAUGCUAAAGAUGGAAAACGCUUUGCAUCGGGUUCAGCAGAUAAAAGCAUUAUCAUCUGGACCUCAAAACUAGAGGGUAUCCUAAAAUACACUCACAAUGAUUCUAUUCAGUGUGUAGCUUACAACCCUGUCACACACCAACUGGCUUCAUGUUCCUCAGGAGAUUUUGGUUUGUGGUCUCCUGAGCAGAAGUCUGUUUCCAAACACAAGGUUAGCAGUAAGAUCACAUGUUGUGGUUGGACUAAUGAUGGGCAGUACUUGGCUCUGGGCAUGAUGAGUGGGGUGGUCAGCAUCAGAAAUAAAAAUGGAGAAGAGAAAGUGAAGAUUGAGCGACCAGGCGGCUCUUCCUCGCCUGUCUGGUCCAUUGCCUGGAACCCAUCCAAGGAUGAACACAAUGAUAUAUUAGCAGUGGCUGAUUGGGGACAGAAGCUGUCUUUCUACCAACUCAGUGGCAAACAGAUAGGGAAGGACAGGCAUUUGAACUUUGACCCAUGCUGCGUGAGUUUCUUCUCAAGAGGUGAAUACAUUGUGAUGGGCGGCUCAGAUAAACAGGCCUCGCUCUACACUAAAGAUGGUGUUCGGCUCGGCACCAUCGGAGAAAAGAACUCCUGGGUCUGGACGUGCCGUGUGAAGCCAGAUUCCAAUUAUGUGGUUUUAGGUUGUCAGGAUGGCACAAUAGCAUUUUUUCAGCUUAUCUUCAGCACAGUUCAUGGCUUAUAUAAGGACCGCUAUGCCUACAGGGACAGUAUGACUGAUGUCAUCGUACAACACCUCAUCACUGAGCAGAAAGUGCGAAUCAAAUGCCGUGAGCUUGUGAAGAAGAUUGCUAUCUACCGCAGCAGGCUUGCUAUCCAGCUACCUGAGAAGAUUCUCAUCUAUGAACUCUGCUCUGAUGACUCCUCUGAUAUGCACUACCGUGUCAAAGAGAAAAUCUGCAGGCGAUUUGAGUGCAACCUACUUGUCGUCUGCUCCCAGCACAUCAUACUAUGUCAGGAAAAGAGACUUCAGUGUUUGUCCUUCACGGCUGUCAAAGAGAAAGAGUGGUUAAUGGAGUCUCUCAUUCGCUACAUCAAAGUGAUCGGCGGCCCAGCUGGAAGAGAGGGGCUUCUGGUUGGACUGAAAAAUGGAGCUAUUCUACAGAUUUUUGUGGACAAUCUUUUCGCCAUUACACUGCUGAAGCAAAACACAUCGGUGCGCUGUCUGGACAUGAGCACGUCACGCAACAAGUUAGCAGUUGUGGACGAACACAACACAUGCCUCGUGUAUGACAUCCACACAAAAGAGCUGCUCUUCCAGGAACCCAAUGCAAACAGCGUGGCGUGGAACACACAGUGUGAAGACAUGCUGUGUUUCUCUGGCAGUGGAUAUCUGAACAUCAAGGCCAGUAACUUUCCUGUGCACCAGCAGAAACUCCAUGGCUUUGUUGUGGGCUACAACGGCUCCAAGAUCUUUUGCCUGCACGUGUACUCUAUGGCUGCUGUGGAAGUACCACAGUCUGCUCCCAUGUAUCAGUAUCUCGAACGUGGGAUGUUUCAGGAAGCAUAUCAGAUCGCUUGUCUAGGUGUUACAGAUAAUGAUUGGACAGAUCUGGCCACAGAGGCUCUGGAGGGACUUGACUUCAACACAGCAAAAAAAGCGUUCAUCAGGGUUCGAGACCUGCGCUAUCUGGAGCUUAUCAACAGCAUUGAGGAGAGGAAGAAGAGAGGCGAAAAUAAUAACGAACUCUUCCUCGCAGACGUUUAUGCCUACCAGGGCAAGUUCCAUGAGGCUGCCAAACUGUACAGGAGAUCUGGCCAUGACAGCCGUGCGCUCAGCAUGUACACAGACCUGCGCAUGUUUGAGUAUGCCAAGGACUUCCUGGGCUCAGCAGACCCAAAGGACACUAAGCUGUUGAUAAAGAAACAGGCAGACUGGGCCAAGAACAGUAAAGAUCCUCGAGCAGCAGCAGACAUGUACCUGACUGCAGGGGAACAUUUAAAAGCCAUUGAGAUCAUCGGGGAAAAUGGAUGGGUGGACUUGCUAAUAGAUUUGGCUCGUAAGCUGGAUAAAGCAGAGAGGGAACCAUUGUCCAGAUGUGCCGUGUUCUUCAAGAAACUGAAUCAUCAUGGCUAUGCUGCAGAGAUUUAUAAUAAGAUGGGUGAUCUGAAGGCUCUGGUGGAGCUUCAUGUGGAGGCCAGACACUGGAAUGAGGCGUUUUCUUUAGUUGAGAAACAGCCACAGUUCAGAGAUGAUGUCUAUGUGUCAUAUGCCCAGUGGCUGGCAGAACACGACCGCUUCGAGGAGGCACAGAAAGCCUUCCACAAAGCUGGACGACAGGCAGAGGCUGUGAGAGUACUGGAGCAGCUUACCCAUAAUGCUGUGGUGGAGAGCAGGUUUAAUGAUGCAUCUUACUACUUCUGGAUGCUCUCCAUGCAGUGUCUUGACAUCGCUAGAGACGCCAAAGAGAAAAAAGACGAGAUGCUGAAGAAGUUCCACAGUUUCCAACACCUGGCUGAACUCUAUCACGUGUAUCAUUCUGUCCAUCAUUACAUGUCAGAGCCGUUUAGUUCCCACAUGCCAGAGAUUCUCUUCAACAUUUCACGGUUCCUGUUCCACAACUUGACCACAGACGUUCCCAUGGGCAUCUCCAAAGUGGAUACACUGUAUGCUCUGGCGAAACAAAGUAAAGUUCUGGGGGCGUAUAAAGUAGCACGACAUGCCUUUGAGAAACUACAAGGCUUGAAGAUCCCGGCCCGCUAUCAGGACAGCAUGGAACUCAGCUGUCUGACAGUUCGCUCCAAACCUUACCAUGACAGUGAGGAUCUGAUUCCCAUGUGUUAUCGAUGUUCUACCAACAACCCUCUGCUGAACAACCAGGGCAACUCUUGUAUUAACUGCCGACAACCUUUCAUAUAUUCUGCUUCCUCUUACGAGGUGCUUCCGCUUGUGGAGUUUUAUUUGGAGGAGGACAUCUCCGAUGAGGAGGCUGUGUCUCUCAUUGACCUGGAAGUGCCUCGUGUAGAAAGGAAGGGUGCUGGCUGGCAGGAGAUGACCAGCGAGGAAUCUCAGUGUCUAAAGCUGGAUGAGAGGAUUGAAGACCCUGAGGAUGACCCCUUUACAGCCAAACUCAGCUUUGAGCAGGGUGGCAGUGAGUUUGUCCCAGUGGUUGUGAGUCGAGCGGUUUUGCGGUCCAUGUCCAGACGAGAUGUCCUGAUCAAGCGCUGGCCCAAACCUCUCAGCUGGCAGUACUACCGAUCUCUGCUCCCUGAUGUCAGCAUCACCAUGUGUCCUUCAUGCUUUCAGAUGUUCCAUAGUGAAGACUAUGAGUUGCUAGUUCUUCAGCACAAUUGUUGCCCGUACUGCAGGAGACCCAUUGACGAGUCCAACUAACCCGGUUAUUUGUGUGUGUGCAGUGGAUUAGCCGAACACGCUACACGUGUGCUGGUCCUAGAGACAAUUACUUUAUCUGUGUGUGCUGUUGUGAUGCUGAAGGACUGAGGUGUUUUGUUAAUUGAGCCGCUAGAAAUCCGUAAGUAAAUACCAGGUCAGCGGAUCAGUCUGAUAGGAUGAAACAGAUCAGAAUGCUCAUCCUACCAAAGGGGAUUAUACCGUUUUUACACUUUCAUGUUGGCAUACUUUUGGUUUAAUACACUUACUUUAAAUAGGUUAUAAGACACAGGUACAUGCUUUGUUUUUCACAAUUGCUGUUUGCGAAGACUAAAUUGAAGACACAUUUCAAAAAUGCAUCAUUGUUGUAAUAGUUUUUUAUUAAUAAAGAGGAUUUUUUGUUUAA